GUAAUUAUUGCCCAUGAAAAUUAUUUUUUAUAUCAGCAUAUAAAAUUCAAAUUAUAGUCUAUUAAGUCUAAAAUUCAAAUUAUCUAGUCUAUAAUUGAAGGGAAAUUAGGGCAAGACGAGCUAAAACAUGUGCGUGAGAAGUAACUUUGUAUUAAUAGGAGAGAAUAUUUGCAUGGUACUACAAUAAUGUAAAUGCGUUCAUACGACUGAUACACAAUUUAACUACCGUUACGGGACACUGUGGAGAGAAGUGGUGUCAAUCGAACGGAGAAGUACGGAAACGAGAAAAAGAGAAGAAACGGCGAAAGAAAACACGCGCGAGAACGCAUGCAUUAGAAACGAAAUGCACGCGUCAAAACGUAUUACAAUUUCACGCACGAAAAGUUACACGAAAAAGCGUUCGUGGAACGCGAGCCAGUACAACGGAUUACACCCUGUACGGAGAAUGAUAAGUUGCGAUGGAAUUGUGGACAAUUUUGUCGGAACAAGCUAACAUGGAUGAACGAAUUAUUUUACAAACUUCUGUUUCCGUGGACGAGUAGGUGUGACGAGAAUUUGGAAGAAAGUUAAACCGUGAAGAUAUCACGCGGUGAGGAAAGAAAGAAGGAAAGAAUAGAAUUUUAUUCAAGAAGCGCUCUAAUGCGGGAAGUACAGGCUCGGUGAUUUCCGGAUGCAAUCGGUUGUUUCCGGCACGGCCGCCCUCCCGAACUAAAACCAUUCAUUCGAUGGAGAGCGAGAGGCGAAGGAUUGAACGGAGAACGGGAUAGGAAGGUGGUAGGUGGAAACGAGAGUUCCCGAGGAAGAAGGAUGGAGAAAGUGAGUGAGCGAGUGAAUGAGAGACGAGCAGAGCGAAGAGUAAGAGGAAAGGAGAAGGAAAGCGGCGUGGCAGGGUAGAGAGGCAAAGAGAAUACAUGAGAGAGGUAGGCUCGGCCGAUUCGAGAAGGCUGGCAGGCUGCUGGUAGGCAAGAGUAAGAAAGCGAGGGAGCAUACUGGCUGGCAGAGGCAGACUGGCCGGCCGUGCGCUGUAGUUAACAGAACUGCUAGCAAAUCGGCAGCAGAUGUGGCCAGUUAGCUCUGUGCUGUGUUCUCGUUCGGAUCUCGGUGUUUCGUAUAUUUCGAUGCAUUGACUGAAUCCGCAGUCGAUAGUAGCGACAUUAGCUAUCAAUUGUCGAACGUGAUCCUCGUCGUCGCGACACAUAUCGAAAUUGAAAGAACGAUGCGAGAGUGAAUAGCGGAGAAAAGCUAACAGAAUCGAUGACAAGUCGUGGCAAAGUGAAAACAACUUAGUUUUGCGAGCAUAAUAUCGACGUAUAGGAUAGAGCAAGACGAAAUAGGAUAGGAUAGGAUAAACGACAAGGGGAACAAUUACAAUCUAUCGAGAAGAGAAUCACAACGUAGAGAGAAGAGGAGAGAACAAAUCGAAUGGAACAGUCGGUCGCGCGCCAGCACCAAGAACGCAGUGACCGUCGUACCUGUCCGUCGGUGGCCGAAGACUUGUCCGAUCGAGACUCGGGAGUGAUGUGGCAACAUUGCUGGUGGCUCGCGAGUGGAGGAGUCAGUCGUUGCUCGGCUGUUCUAUCGUAGUCUGUGUCUGACAGUGCAGUGUCGUUGCCAAUAGAACCGCGAGGGCCCGUCAGGGCCCACGAACAACGCGAACGAGCACCGCGAUAAACACCGCGGUCAAGAUGACAUAUUUAAGAAAAAUAAGAACGAAUAACAUCACAAGUAUCGAAGGGACAAUCGUACAAACACGUCGUUCAUUGCUACGAUAGCGUAUGUUCACGUUGUUUAUUACCAUCAUAAAAUAGCUCAAGAGAAGAGAGAGUUUUCAUGACUUGCGAGAGAGUAACAGUGUUUCGAAGCGUACAAUCGCUGUGUGACGCGCGUAUUCGUUGUAUAUACACAUCCGUUUCGAGUCGCUACAAGCGGAUUUUCUUCGAACCUUUGUAGAAGUUCCUAAAGUGCGUGCGUACGGUUCUACGCGGCUGCUACUCGAAUGUCGAGAAACGAAUGAGUGCGUGAAUCGUGACAACAUCGUGUCGAAGUGUACAGAGAAUACUCAGAGAGAGAGUGAGAGAGAAUCCGUCUCUCUUUCUCUCGCAUCCCGUAGAGGCCGUAGUCGGACUUUACGCCGUCGUACGCGCUUCUCCCCUCCCCCUUAAUAGACUGCUUCUUUCUCCCUCUCUCUCGCUGAAGGCCAAUUUAUCUAUCCCGUCGGCCGUACGUCUGUCUUAGUCUAUACCAUUCCUGUCUGUGCGCUGGCAGAGUUUUCACUGGCGCGACACGGCACGGCACGCGCGCACGGUACGACACGUAAACGAAACCGGCUGUCCAGGCGAAUCGGGAGUGUCAAAGAUCCGAAAAAUCACGGGCAUGGGAACAGUGUGUGCCAUGGACUGAAAAAUAGUGCGGGACCCGUUGUCUCGUGCUUACCGCCGUCCAAAGAAGAUCUUGCAUUUCAUCCGGUGCGUGCCUGUGUGUUCCUUUACACCAAAGGAGGAAGAGAGGUUAGGUUAGGCUAGGACUCGCGUCACCCCUGGCCACAGUCCGUCCUUGUCUCUCUUUCACUUGGUUCCCCUACCUCUCUUUCUCUGGCAUACAGCGAAGAGGAACGCAGACACCAAGAGUCCAGACCGAUUACAUACAUACACACACACAUACACACACGCAGGACAAUUGGGGAAAGAGGAGGAAAACACAAAUGCCGAUCGCCCGUGGAAUUCUGGUCGCUGGAACUGCGGCUCAUUGCUGGUCUUCCGCCGCUGGCAUGCUUCGAUUCCUCGCUAGACUUUCAGGGAGGCGGCGGCACGUGCGGCGGAGCUGCGGGCCAGGUGGCGGAGCCCGUGCCGUUGAGGAAACGGGGGAGCAAGCGGGCGGCCACGUGGAAGGAGGGGGGGGGCCUGGCGAGGGCGGGAGGGGAUGCGAGGCGGAGGUAGGGAGCAGCAGCGUGGAGGUUAGUUGCUCACCGGUGGCGGAUGGCGAGGUGUGCUGCGCCGACAUCAACCGCCACCGUCGUCCUCGUCGCCUCCACCGCGCCACCGUGCACCACCUCCGCUGCACCACCCGUCGUCAGCAAGGGGAACGGCGAAAGGAUCGAGGACGAUGGCCGGGGGAACGAGCGGGUGGCGUGGACGACGAUGAGGCCGCGUGCAAGGCUGCCACCCCCCCUCGCAGAGAGAUCCAUCGCGUUCGGGGGAGCCGUUUGCACCACCACUACCACCACCACCACCACCGCCACCACAACCACCACCACAACCACCACCACAACCAUCACCACCGCAGCAACAACGGCCACAACCAUCGUCAACGCCGCCGCCGUCAGCACCACCAUCUCCGCCACCAUCGUAAUUGCCGCCAUCACCACCACUACUACCACCACCACCACAACCACCACCGCAACCACCACCAUCGUCGCCAUCCCCCCCGCCGCCCGCGGGACGACGACACACCCCCCCGCGGGAAACGGGACGAGGAGCGCAGGGAGCCCGCCCUCCUCGACGAAGCGGCGGAUGGUACCGACGGCAACAAACCUGCCACCGUCACUGCCAUGACGAGGGGAUGCAGGAUCCCGCCCUACCUCGCCACGCUGCUCAUCCUCUCUUACACCCUGUUCGGUAUAGCAGGUCAGUGGAAACUCACCUUUCUUUCUUUCUUUCUUUCUUUCUUAAUAAUUCGAGGCGGUGUGAUAAGUAAGAGAGGUGGAUUGGAAAUUUUUUGA